AUGCUGGUGACCUAUUUGGAAGCCAGCCGGGACCUUUGCGAGACGGACUCAAUUAUUUUUGGCGCUGCACUGGCAGUAUGCCGUAUUAUUGGCGCCAAACUUCCCAUGGCUGGACGUGUUACUCAACAAGGUAGUGCCAUCCCAGCCUGGAGAAAAAGAAUCGAGGACCGUAUCGCAAAGGCAAGGGCCCUUAUCGGCAGACUGACAAGGUUCAGGUCGGGUAAUAUUAGACCGAGAGUUGUGCGCACCAUUAGAAUGGCGUUUGCUGGGACAAAUAUUAGUUUGUCCCAGCCGGAUAUCACGCAGAAACUAACGGAGCGUAUAGAUGACCUGAAGCAAAAAAUCGCUGCUUGGGGGAAGCGGAUUCGACGAUUUAGCGAGAGGGCAAGGCGGUUCAACCAAAAUCGUCUCUUCCAGAGUGAUGAGAAGAGGCUCUAUAAAUCAUUGGAGCGACCAGAGGUAUGUGGAGCGGGCCCAGGACCGGAUCAGGCUGACACUGUCGCAUUUUGGCGUGGCCUGUGGUCAGAGCCCGUAAACCACAGCGAGGGCCCUUGGAUGGAAGUUGUGGCGAGCCAGAGUGCAAGUGUUACGCCUAUGGACCCCGUCACCAUAACGCCUGAAGAAGUGGCUGAGGCGGUCCGUAGGGCCCCGAACUGGAAAAGUCCGGGGCUCGACGGGCUGCAUCAUUACUGGCUGAAGGGGUUCGUAGUGUGUCACGCUGUGCUCGCCCGACAGUAUCAAGAGGCUCUCGAUCAGAAGUCGCUCCCGAGCCUCUUCACUACUGGGAUCACUCACUUGGUUCCUAACGAUCAGGAUACCACAGACCCGAGCAAAUACUGCCCCAUCACGUGGCCGCUGCCUGGGGGUCGCCGGGGCGCGUCUGGAGCUGGCGCUGGACGCGGCAGAAUGCGGGCCGCCAGCCGAGCGCGAGGAGCUGCAAGAUCACCUAACAGCCCCCCGCAUCCAUCAUCCCCACCAGACGGCUUGAUGUCGGCAGGGUCCUCUCGGACUCGGCAAGCGGCAUCCGCUGCUGGUGGAGUACGCCGCAUGCGUUGGACAAGGGAUAUGAACGCAAACGCAUUGCGGGCGUACUAUAGGGCGAAAGGGGAAGAAACUGCGGGGAUAGCGUAUCGGGCUCGGAUGCAUUGCUUUUUUGCUGAGCUGGAGCCGUCUAUUCCUGUCACGGAACAAAACCUGGCAGACCGAGUUCGGUACAUCAUGUGCUCGAAAAUAUUCGAUGAUGCCGAGCUCGAACGACUACGACGUGAGGCCAUUCCCUCAUCGAAUGAAUUGGCUACAGCUGGGGAUGAGGCUCCUCAGGCGGUACAGACCAGCUGCCAGAAGCCGCCAUGGAUCUUCCAGUUGUGGUUGAUUCAGACGAUGAUGAAAUGGUCUCCCACGAACUAG